CGGCUUUUGUUCGACAUUUUGAAUGAUAAUGCAACUAGGCUCAAAUGAACGUUCGCGUGUUUGAUAGACUACACUUCCCAUGAUGCACCGGGGAGGUAGCGUCGAGACACAGAGAGCGAGCGAGUGCGAAAGAGAAAGAGCGAGAGAGCGAGUGAGAGAGCUGUCAGUGGCCGACCACGGACGCGCAAAUUCGGUCGACGAGCACCACCGCGACCUCCUCGGGAGAAGCGAGCGAGCGAGGCGGCCUACGGACGGACAAACGCCGCCCUCGUCGUCGUCGUCGUCGUCGUCGCCGCCGCCGUCAUGAAGGCAGUAGCGGCCGCUCGGCGUGGAUGUUACGGUGGCGGACAUCAUCCAUGAGACCCGCGGAGCUCGCUCGUGUGGCGCAGAAGAAGACGACAAGAUGAAGAAGCAGUUCAACCGAAUGAGACAGCUCGCCAACCAAACAGUCGGCAGUCCCCUCCUCACUCGCUGCCUCGGCGGGCCUGAAAGCAGGCUCCAUCCCGUCUGCUAGCAAGGGGAUGUGGAAGAGAAAGCUCCGGAUCAGCAAGGCUCGAGCUGCGGUUCUGGCUGAGAAGACUGAAGUGUUAAGCGAAGACCUGCUGCAGGCGGAGAAGCGUCUGGAGCUGGUCAAGCAGGUGUCGCACAGCACCCACAAAAAGCUGACGGCGUGUCUGCAGGGUCAGCAGGGCGUGGAGGUGGACAAGAAGUCGGUCAGGUCUCCGUUGAAGAAGCUUCCUCUCGCGACACUUGCACAAUGUAUGGUGGAGGGGGCGGCGGUGCUCGGGGACGAGUCUAUGCUGGGGAAGAUGCUGAAGCUGUGCGGCGAGACGCAGGACAAACUGUCCCAGGAGCUCAUCCUGUUCGAAGUCAUCAUCGAGAGAGAUGUCAUGGACCCGCUGUACGACCUCUCCGAGGUGGAAAUCCCAAACAUCCAGAAACAAAGGAAACAUUUAGCCAAACUGGUCCUGGACAUGGACUCUGCACGCACACGGUACUAUCAGUCCAGCAAAUCGUCAGGCCUGCCCAGCAACCUGCAGCCCAGCGGCGCCAAGGCCGACCACCUCAGGGAGGAGAUGGAGGAGGCCGCCAAUCGCAUGGAGAUCUGUCGGGACCAGCUGUCUGCGGACAUGUACAGCUCCAUGGCCAAAGAACUCGACUAUGCAAGCUACUUUCAGACACUGAUUGAAGUCCAGGCUGAGUACCAUAGGAAGUCACUGGAGCUGCUGGAGAACAUCCUGCCUCAGAUUAAAGCUCAUCAGGAGUCGUGGGCGGAGAAGCCUUGCUAUGGGAAGCCGCUGGAAGAGCACUUAGAGCUCAGCGGGAGAGAUAUUGCCUUCCCCAUCGAGGCCUGUGUCACCAUGUUGCUGGAGUGCGGCAUGCAAGAGGAGGGUUUGUUCCGAGUGGCUCCGUCCGCCUCCAAGCUGAAGAAGCUGAAGGCGUCUUUGGACUGCGGUGUGCUGGACGUCCAGGAAUACUCGGCCGAUCCGCACGCUAUCGCAGGAGCCUUAAAAUCUUACCUGCGCGAGCUCCCUGAGCCCCUGAUGAAGUUUGAGCUUUACAACGACUGGAUCCAGGCCUCAAACAAUCCGGACCAGGACAAGAGGCUGCAGGCUCUCCGCUGCGCUUGCGACAAGCUGCCAACAGCCAACAACAACAACUUCAGAUAUCUGAUAAAGUUCCUGUCCAAACUGACGGAAUUCCAGGACGUGAACAAGAUGACGCCUGGGAACAUUGCUAUCGUGCUGGGGCCCAACCUGCUAUGGAUGCACAGCGACGGCAACAUUGCGGAGAUGAUGACCACGGUGUCCCUGCAGAUCGUCGGCAUUAUAGAGCCCAUCAUCCAGCACGCCGACUGGUUCUUCCCUGGAGAAAUCGAGUUCAACGUGACGGGCAACUACGGCAGUCCCGUGCACACCAACCACAACGCCAACUACAGCUCCAUGCCGUCUCCCGACAUGGAGCAGAUUGAGCGGCGGCAGAACGAGCAGAGCCGCAGGCCCCUCAGCGUCGCCACCGACAACAUGAUGCUGGAGUUCUACAAGAAGGACGGCAUCAGGAAGAUACAGAGCAUGGGAGUCAGGGUGAUGGACACUUCUUGGGUGUCCCGCAGGGGCUCGUCUUCCUCGCGUAAGGCCUCGUCCACGCCCCCCAGCGUGCGGGCGCCCACCCCACCCUCGGACGCGCUCACCCCCGAGCCGCUCGGGGACCCCUCGGGCUCCCUCUCCCCCACCCCUCCUCCCACUAGCAACGAGCGAGCCAGCCCCCGCAUGUUUCACAGCUUCACCUUCCAUUGUCGCAAGGCUCUGCAGUGGAUGAGCUCGGACGACGCGUCGUCCAAUUGGUCGGACACCUGUAACGCCCAACCCUCCCCCGAGGAGGAGAGGCUGCCCCCCCCUUAUCCCUCUUCCUCACCCUUCUCCCUCCCUCCCCACCACUUCUACACCCGAGCACCCCCUGGUAUGCGCCCCCUCUCCUGCAGUCCCGAAUGCGUGCCCACGGGCCCGUCACCCGUCCCCCGCCGCUCGGGCUACAGCCCACCCCCGUUCCUCCACUCUCUAUGCCCGUCCCCCCAGCCCCUCGAUAUCAACUCCAACCCCCGAGCCCAAAGCUCCCCCGCCUUGCCUAAGCAGGCCUCCUUAUCCGAGCCUCUGCAUGCGUCCCCCGCCGACACCAACGGCUCCUCCCUGUACAUCAAACCCCCGCUCGUUCUGACUCGCCACGAUCUUUUCCUGGGCUCCCCCAAACCCCCCGGCACCCCACUUUCUGUCCCCCCUCCUUGGGCCACCGGUAGCCGAGAGAGAGGACGCAAAGCUGCUAGCACCCUGAAGAACAAAGAACUGUCUCCGGUUAUCGGACAGAAGGGAUUCCAAGUGACGCUGUCUUCCGGCGGCCAGUCUGAGCACAGCCCACACACGCUGAGGAGAGCAAAGAAGCUGGCUCCAAUCCCGCCUAAAGUCCCCUACAGCCAGACGGGGGCCGUGUCGGAGCAGUCCACGGGCCAGCCGUCUCCAGUCAGCCUGUCGCCCACGCCGCCCAGCACCCCUUCCCCGUACGGCUUCGGCUACCCGCAGGGUUACGCCACCAUCAGCUCCCUGGGACACGUCCACAUGGCCAGCACGCCGUCUCUGUCCUCGCCGCCCUCGCUGGCCGGGACGCUCAUCAAGGCCCGACCCACGCCCAAGCCGCCCCGGCAGAGGCCCAACUUGCCUCCCCCGCAGCCGCCCUUGACCCCCGGCACUAGCCCCCAGCCACUGGAGCACUCGUCUGGCCUGCUGGAUGGUUUGUCUCCUGGAGAGAGCAUGUCCACAGAUUCCUUCUGCAACCUGGACAUUCCCAUCAUCAACAUGGAGCUGGACGGCCUUCUGGACUUGGCGCACGUCUCCCACCUCAGGCACUCGGUGGCGCUGCUGGACUCGAGACGCCUCAGAGCCAUCGAGUCGGAGGAGGGGGAAGAUUUGGAGAGCACGGUGCUAUGACGCAUCCCUCUCCCUACUUCCCCCUUCACACCCUGAUGCAUUCAUGCAUUUGGAUUGUUCCAUUUUUAGUUUGUGUUUGCCUUAUUUGAUGCCUUGAACGCCACACGCCAGACAAGAAACACAUGAGCGAGGCGGGGGAUUCAGCGCUUUUAUGGCAAUUCCUCCAAAGGGAAUAACAUCAACCACUCUCCUCUUGGCAAGGACAUCAGCCUGGGUGUGAAUUCUGUGUCCGUGCGUGUGUGUCAUCAACCAACAUGCACGUUGUAGACACUUAGCUGAAUAACUAACAAAAAACGUCUUGAUGAUUAACAUUCAUUUACUGAAAAGUAUUGUCUAUAGUGUACAUUUGCAGAGUUUAUGAUUCCCAGUCAAACAUCAGAACGUAUUUUAUAUUGACAGGAGACAGCAAAGAAUAGAGAAUAGAGCAGGGGUGGGCAAACCUUUGUGCUCCAGAGCCACAUUUUAUUUUUAAUACAAUGGACACAAGGGUCAGAACAUUCAUAGAUGACGUCAAAAAUAUAUAGAUCUAAUUAAAAUGACUUUAUAAUAUGGAAAAUAGUUCCAUCCAUCCAUUUUCUGUCACAUUUGUCUUCAUUAGGGUUACGGGUGACUUCAUUUUAAUAAUAGUUUAUUCUCAUUUUAAAAUUGUAUUAUAAUUCAUUUAGCUAACCACAUUUUCAAUCCAAUUAGUACAUAUUAGAUGUACUGUGUAUGUGCAACGGUUUCUUUCUUUAUUUAUUUUUUACAAUAAAUCAAGUAACCUAUUCAUUAGAUAAAUUACAAAUGAUAUAUUAAAUAUAUUUGAAUUAACACAUUUUAGGGAAACAACAGGCUAAAUUAAUCCACCAAAUAUUAAAUUAUUAUUAUUAAAUUAUGAAUCUCAAUUCUGGAGAUCAAUAAACGAUUACCUUAAGACUCUUGAUUAUGUCAAUGCUGGUGGGCCGGAUUAAAGAGUGAUUUGUAACCCGCGGGCCAUACUUUGCCCUCCCCCCCCCGCCCCCCCCUGUUUUUGUGGCUGAUGACCUUCAAGGUCAUUAUCUAUAACAGUGGUUCUCAAACUUUUUACCUCAAGUACCACCUCCAAAAUUAUGUACUUCGCUCUCCAUUUUACCUAAAUAAAUGUUAAAAAACGGUUCUAAAAGAUUAAAUGCAAAUGUAUUGUACUUAAAAGUUAAAUACAACUGAAUUUAACAAAUGUACAGUACUGGAUUAAAAAAUGUUUUAAGCCACUGUAACAUUUUGGACAGUUUGAAUAUUUAAUUCAGAGAUUUGGUCACGUACAACCAGAGAGAGCCUGCGUACCACACUUUGAGAAUCACUGGUCUAGAAGGUAAUUCAGAUGAGUGCGAAAGAGAAAGAACAUUCCAGAAAACAUGCUCUUAUCACUGAGAAGUAGCCUGCUAUUUUUGUCCCAGUUACGAAGGAUGUGUUUUUUUUUUUUCCACCUGGAAGGUGACCACGUGUGUGUGUGGCCAUAGACGUGCAAAGCAUCCUUUUUAUUUUGAGCAGAGUAUUUAUGAUACAGAUCUAUUUCUUGCAAACGCUUUUUACUUGACACCCUGGCGGGCGAGAAGCUUUCAAACAUUGGGCCAGACAUUCCUCUUGCUUGUCACGUGCAAAAAAAAAAAAAAAAAAAGACUCAUUGUAAAUACAUUUAUGUACAUACAGUACAUGCUCUGUAUAUAGUGACUUAAAUAUAAAUAUAUAUGUUGAUGUAUAGGAAUACUGGCUGGAUUGAAAUGAUGAACUCAUGAAGAAAACUCAUCAUUAUGUCUCCAUUAUUAUUAUUAUUAUUAUUAUUAGAUCACUUGUUGUCUUGUUUUACACAAUUAACCCCCUGGACUGAUUCUAAUAUUUAUUUGAUAAAAUACAUCAAUGCUAUGAGGCAAUACGGUUUUAUUACAAUCACAGAGUGAAGAUCCAACUUUCAGAAUUAAAUGUUGAUGUUUGCUCAUAUACGUAGUUUAGUUCAGUGGACCUGAAUGUGAUAUUACACCUGACAUGGGACUUGUCUUUCAAAAAAAAAAAAAAAAAAAAAGGGACUAAAGAGCCCGAGUCACAACAUGAAAUGACAGCUAAUCAGCACUGUUUACAAUUUGAAGAUUAGAAUAAACCUAAUGUAGAACAAUUUAUUGAAUCAUCCGUCAUGUUGUGUUGCUUGUACUUUUGUAAACGCUUUUUUUUUCUGGUCAUCACACUGAUGACGGCAUUUUUCAACAUCAUUCGUUGGAAUGUAAACCUGGCAGGUUGUGUGUAUGUUGUGUAAAAGGAAGCGAGAAUAGAUGUUUGUGUGUACAUGUGUCCUGUGUGAAAGUGUGCCAGCAUGCUUUUUAACCACACUCUUUAAAUGUCUCAUCUGUGGUGUAUGUGGAUACAAAUGACGAAAAAAGAUGCUUCUUAUUCUUAAUAAUGUUUUUUUUUAUGUUACUUUUGCCCUCAAAGCGUCUCGUUGAUACAAUGAUGAGCGUGAAGGUUUAAGCGACAAAUGAAUCUUCUAUGUGUUCUUGCACAUGUUUACUUUGCAGCACAGGAGGCCCAAAAAAGGUCAGAAGUGUUUGUGACAAAGUGUUGAUACUGUUAAAUUUGGACUCAAAAAGGAAAUGUGAACAUCUUGUCUCAAAGUGUGGAGGGGGGGCAAUCAUCAGAAUGUGGCAACAAUUAAAAAUGUUUUAUAGGA